AUGAGGGACUAUGAGGUUGUGGAGAUCUUCUUCCUGAACGAUGAUGAUCAAUAUCUCCAGAUCGAGAUUGCUCCUCGAGGGGAAUAUUUCGUGAUGUUGUUCGAUGGCGUGCGCAACUACCGCCGUCACUCACUGCCCCUGCGUGUGAUGUCUCGUAGCGGUGACCUGCCUUCACCAUACUGGACGGCUACCAUCAUCCUACCUACAGACUACCUUCCUCGCCAGGUGACCAAGUUCAACAUGUAUUCAACCCACGGCGAAGAACCUAACCGCGUGUACGAGGCGUACUCCCCUUCUCUCGCCACCGCCGAGGGUCCCGACUACCACCGCCUCGACUCCUUCGCGAGCAUCGACCUGGACUCUGUUAUACGGGGCCUCAGCGAGCGCCCCAUGUCGCAGCUCUGGGUGGACACUCUGCAAGGGCGCAUCCGCUACACCCUGGGCACGACCUGGAAGGGCGAGCAGAGCCCGCGGGUGGCAGCUACGGUGCUGCUGCAGGAGGACGAGCCUGACGACCUGCUGAUGACGGUCACUGCUGAAGGAGGCGCUGCAGAAGAUGAGUUCAGGGCCGUGUUCCUGAACAGCGACGACUUGUUCCUUGAGGCCCGCUUCGGACCCGGCAGCAGCAGCCUGUCACUGUCACUGCUGUCACGCAGCAACGAGUACCAUCACCUUCAUGUCACGUUACCUGUCAACGUUGUAACAUCUACCAACGCUACCUCCUGGACUGCCGCUGCUACCAUACCACGGGACUACUUACCACCCAAGGUUAGCCGCUUUAACGCGUUCCUCACGCCUGCCUCGAGGGAAGCUCCCCUCGCUCUCUACCCUCAGCUGCCCUCUGAUACCCACGUGCAGUACCACGCUCUGCAUUAUUAUAAACCGAUCGACCUUUUUCUGCCCGGCCAGAGCCAGCGUCCCAUCUCCCUCGUGUGGCUCAACACGCUGCAAGGAAUUUAUCGCUACGAGAUAAGGACGGAGUGGAACGGCAUACCUAUCGCUGACCGGCCACUGGCGACCAUCACGCUCGAGGGAUUUGAGGCCGGAGUGGAAAUGAACGUCACAGCUCCAUUUUUCAACGACCCUGAACCUAACGGCCCUGCAGGCAAACCAUUUCCUGUUCUCUUCAAUUAUGAAGUCGUGGAGAUGUUCUUCCUGAACGACGCCAACGAGUACCUGGAGGUGGAGCUAGGACCCUGGGGGCAGCAUCUUGUGUUGCUGCUGAAGGGGGAACGCAACGCCAUCAGGAAGGAGCUGCCGCUAGACUAUAUAGUCACCACCCGCACCGCGGGCACCAAUGGACAGCCUGGCACAUGGCAUGGCUCCGCCUUGAUCCCUCCUGGGUACUUCCCGCCAAAUGUGACGCGCGUGAACGCCUUCGCCAUCCACGGCCAAGACGACGAAAGGACCUACGAGGCUCUCUAUCCUGCGCCUACCAACGACCCCAACUUCCCACAAGCGGACUUCCACCGACUGGAGUUGUUCAAGCCGAUCGACUUCAAAUUCCUGGUUGUGGACAACACCAAGUAUUCUGACCUGUGGCGUGAGAGCAUUGACGCGGCGGAGCCCACAAAGCCUUUGCUGAAGACCUCUUUGUUCACCUCCGUCGAUGUCGCUGAUGACUCCACACUUGGGGCUGAACUGGCAAACUCCAAUGCUGGACCUUCAGAUUCGGUGCCGGAACCUGAACCCGAACCUCAAAGUAAACCUAAAUUUGAGCAGGAGUCCGUAGCCCUUUCCGCCCCCGAUUCUCUUCUGGAUGCGGUCCCGGUCGAUGUCUUUGAAUUUACCACUGAGCGAGAUUUCGGAACUACUCCAGUUACUGACGUGCCGGAAGUUACACAGCAAGUGAUUCCAAGCGAAGACUUCGCAUCAGAACUUCUUCUUGAUACCAACGCUGCAGUCGCUGCACCUGUUGUCUCUGACGCUACUGAUGCUCCGCAGUUGCCACCAGUUACGUCUCCAGUUGAAAAGGACUCCAUCCCCGUGGCCUCCAAAAGUUCCCAAGCGCCCGCCAACACCGACUACGUCUACGACAUCAAGACAGAGUGGGACGGCAAAGCCAUCACAGACCGGCCGCUGGUGUCGUUCAAUCUCAAAGGAUUUGAAGCCGGAAUAGAGCUCAACGUCACAGCUCCGUUCUAUAACGAUCCUGCACCGACGGAAGACGAUCAGCACAGUCUGUACAUGUUCGAAGUGUUCGAAGUAUUCUUCUUGAACGACCGUGACGAGUAUGUACAGCUGGUGCUCAGUCCAUGGGGGCUGUACAGCAUCUUCCUGUACAGAGCUGUAGGGAGUGAGAAGCAGAAGCUCAAGGUGCUGGAUAUUCCCUUGGAUUUCAUCAUCACGCAGCGAGACGAGGGCGAUAAUGGCAAGCCUGGCCAGUGGCAAGGCUCAGCGCUGGUGCCGCCAUCGCUGUUUCCCGCCAACGUGACGCGCAUGAACGCGGGGGCCCAGCACGGGCUGGGGGGCGCCCGGACCUACGAGCUGCUGUACCCCGCCCCCGCCGGGGACCCCCGCUACCCCAAGCCCGACUUCCACGCGUUGGAGUUGUUCAAAGAAGUGAACAUGUCGGCUUUGCUCGAGAACAACGCGCAUUACUCGGCGGUUUGGCAGGACGCUCUCCUGAAGAGGGAUUGUUCAACCAGCCUAGCGGAAGUUGGGCCCGAAUCUCCAACCGUGGCCGAUGACUCGACAGGUGCCACUGUUCAAACAAUCCUAGAAAAUUUCACCGAGCAAGGAAGUAUAGUCGAAUCCUUCACUCGUGGUGCUGACGACACUCAAUCCUCCCUUGUCACAACCAUCCAGACGCCAUUAGAGGAACCAGUUACCGAGGAAGAGUCCGUUACUCAGUCUCCGAAGACCAGUGAUAUCAAAGACGAAGGACCAAUGAUAUCAACAGUUCGCGCCCCGGCCGUCCCGCAACCUGAGCUUGUAAAAGAGGCAAGAAGGCAGGACAUUGAAGAGCCUAUCGGAAACCGCUUCCGGCCUAUACCAGAUAGAGGUGUGCCAAGGUUACCAAAACCAACAAAAAUUGACGAAACCUGGCAACCUGCUUCCCUCCCAGAUGUCGAAUCAUCUUUCUCUGGACUUCCCCUUCCUCACACCCCCGGCCAACCGCUCUUCCCUCCAACUUCGUUCUUCCAGCCGCAGUCUUCAUUCGGACGACCGCAUCUUGUUCAAGAUCCGUCCGAACUCGUUCUCCCCCAGACCUUCUUCAACGACAGGCCGGUAGCUAUUCAAAGUCAGGGACAAUUCUCAUUACCUCCACAGAUUAGAUUGCAGCAACACUUGCCACACUCUCACGCUCAUCUCAUUCCUCUCCAACCGCAUUUAGAUCAUCUCUUGGCUCACAUUGAAGAAAGCUCAUCGCCAAAUAAAAUUUCUCCCACUGUAACACUCGCCUCAAACGCUGUACCAGCGCCAACUGUUGUCCAUGAAGCGUCGCAGCUGGAUGCUCCAAUUCAGCCAUCUAAUUCUUUCAAUUCUGUUGAUGUUCGUGAUCAACCUGCUGUUCCGAUUCUGACCGACCAAGUGCAACCAGUUAUUCAAAAUUCAAACCUUCAAGUUCAGCCAGCUGUUUCAGAUUCAGCCAUCCCACUUCAACCACAUGCAUCGGUUGCAACCCUCCCGGUGCAACCAGCUGUUCUGGAGUCAACCAUUCCAGCGCAGCCAAUAGUGUCUGCUGUACUAGUUCAACCACAAACUGAUAUUGGGGGUCCAGAACUACAAGGAAAGCCAGUAGUUCCCUCCGCACCUGUUCCUGCGAUUCCAGUUCAUAGGCUGCCUUCAAGAGUGCAGGCAGUUCCAGCUAAAAAUGUACCGCAGCCUAGCUUGUUUGACGAUGAAGAAAAUAACUUAAUCGUAAACGAAAUAGUACCAACACAUAAAUCUAAUGAUAUUGGUGUGGAGCAGCCACAAGAGGUUCUACUCGCUGGACCUGCGUUGCAAAAAGAUUCCAUCGUAACAACCCGCAUUUCACUGCCUUCGUUGACUGCUCUUCACCCUAACAAACAGCCAGUCAGUAGCGUUAGUCAGCAACAACAAGAUUUGAGCAGUCAUUCUCGACCAUCACUGAAUGCAGCUCUACCGAUAAUUGACAUCCCUGAGGAAAAUGUGUUCGAUGAUCAACUUCCUAGAACUGAAUUCGAGCAGCCAUCGUUACAAACUGAUAUUGCAGACAAGCGACCAGCACCAGUUAAUCACUUACUCGAAGAAACAAAUACGAUUCAGACAAAUGGUCGCACCAAAAUCACCAAACCCAAUGACCUCAAACAAUCAUCUGCGGCUCAAACUCCACACGAAGUAAAGACUCCCGGGACAGUAAGCAUUAGUGAAGCUGCUCCGCGGCGAACAGCAACAGUUCCUCCAACUGCCAUUCCGUUCACUAAUUAUCCUCCACCCCACGACUUGUGCGUGGAACAGGGACUUCAUGCUGAUCCUUUCCGGUGCCCCAUAUUCCACGAAUGCAUCAUCGACAACGGUGGUUGGCAGGUCUACACUUGGCGUUGCCCAAGAGGCAAAUACUUCGACGCCAGUGUCCUGACAUGCGUCCCUGGAUAUUGUUAAGUAAUUAAUGUCAUGGUUAUUUAUAGUGGCCGACUUGUUUCUUUCGAAAGCCUCCGUCUAAAUGUUUUUAAAUCAAUUGCUUCUCGUGCCUAAACUUCUUCAAUUCAUCUUUUUUUUUACCCAAUUACUUACCUAGGAAGUUGCAUAUUGCUAACCUGAUUACAUUUAUUUCAUGCCUAAAAAUUUCACAUUAAAAAAUCGUCAAGAAUCAUUAUUGAGAAUCACACUGGAAUUUUAUGGAGUUGAUAUAAGCAAAAGCUUCGCAUUUAUCUCGGAAUCAAGUGCACAUCUGUAUAUACUUUGCCGGAAUUUCUAGUAAAUUGUGCAGUUGUUACUAAAUUUCCCAAAUAGGUAGCACGGUAGUUUUGAGUGCUGAUAUUAUCUACUUUAACAAUUAUAAAAAUACAACUUUUACUUGCAGAAUCAGCUAACUUAUGAAUAGCCUUUUCGUUAUAAGUAAGACAAUGUUCGGCAUUACUAGCGUAUUUUUUAACGCCCUUCCUGUUAGUGGUCACAACUCCGUUGUUUAAAGUAAACGCAAAUUAUUGUCAACAUCCUUGUAAGUGAAUAAAUUUUAAGUACGGGUAAGAGGCAAGUGAUUUCUCUAAGAAGGCAGCUGGAUUCGAUUAGAUGAAUAAAUUCCCGAAUGUUUCUGUCCAUAAAAACUGCGCCUCUAUAUUGCUGAUUUGCAGUCGAAGCUUCGUGCUCACAGGAUGUUUACCUCAAUUUUGAUAAGAUCUGAAAUGUCGGCAAGAAUAAAUUACUAAUGCAUUAUAACUUCUAAAGAUUAAUAAUUGUUCGUGUAAUAAGCGAGACAAUGAAACUGUCAUCGUUAUAGAAAGAACAGUGUUUAACCAACACCGAAAUGUAUAUUUAUGAUGGUUUAAUACAUUUACAUAAUAUG